CCGAUCGUGGCGGGCGCAUCUUCGGACUUCGAUGACCUGCCGUCCGUCCGUCCAGAUCUGGCGGUCAUUGGGGUCGGACACAUCAUCUCCAAUCUCCAUUCAGCAAGGUCAAACGAUGGAAACUCCAACAGCCAGUGUAUGGCCCGCUAGGCGACACCCGACCCGCUGGGAGUCGGUCGACGCCCACCAGGGACCCCCAAUCUCGGUCAAGGAACGUUUCCGUACCGUUCUGGUGCACGGCGAGGGUGACGCAGUCCGUCACAAUGCUUCCUCCUUGGAUCUCAGUUCUUGUCUUGCCACGCCUACAGCUGAAGCUGAAACUCGGCCACACACGUACCCGUUGACACUUUUCCAUGGCCUACAAGCUCUCCCGACCGAUAAUGAGCUUGCAGCCUUGCGUCGUGUAUACGGCGACACGUUUGGAACACACGUCUACGUUAGCGAGUUCGGCGCCGAGGGAAUCGCAGCUCAGUCCAACCCGCCAUAUCUGCAGCUGACGUUGGCUUUGGCUUGCCUUGCCUCGAUUUUCUUCGAAUCGCCAACAAAGACGCAGGAUGCAUCAUACGCCGUGUCUGCGCAUCUUUUUCAAGCUGGCUACCACAUUUGGCUAGCGAUGCUGGAAGUCGAUGGUCGCGAAACCCGUAGCGCGAGGGCAGUAAUUGCAGUACGGACCAGUGUUGUUGCAAGAUCCGGAGCUGAUCUUGAGUAGGUCAUCAGACGAAUGCGAAUGACCGAUGAUUCUGCGUCUGCACAUACUGCAUCGAGUGCGUCUGAAAGACAUCUGGUCGGAAAGAG